UGUCACAACAAUUGUAUAGGCUGGAAUACAUCUGACCUUAAUAACUAUAGACCUCUGUUUUCAUAAUGGUUGUUCAAUGUUAACCCAACGAUAGAGACAAAUUUACCGCAAAAUUGUUUAAUAAUGGAGUUAUAACGGCAAUUGGUUGUUGAUGGUUAAAAUCCAUAUAAUGAGAAUGCAGAAUAAGUUACUGUUCCGUUAACAAAAUUACAUAACUAUAUAUACAAAAUGGAUCAAGACAGUGUGCAUGCAGGAAAAGAAAAAAGAAAAAUGCCUAUCAAAGAUCAGAAUAAAAUACGACAGAACUGGUGCUAUUUGAAGUCAAAUCUUAGGGAUCACGUAGAUUACAUAAAAGAUUCCUUAUUUGAGAAAUUUGUGAUCGAUAGAGAAGAUAAAGAAAAGGUUGAAACGAUUAAAAAAGAGGACAAAAACGCCGCAAUAGAAGUAUUACUCAAUAAAUUAACAUGUUAUGGAUCAUUAGAAAAAUUUAUAGAUUGUUUAAAAGAGAAAGGCUUUGUAGAUGUGGUGAAAAAAAUAUGUGAAGGAGAAAAUGAAGAAGUCAUGGUAAAAACAGGCAAUGAAAGAGAAAUACGAGUUGUGGUUAUUGGCAAAACUGGAGCAGGAAAGAGCGCAUUGGGAAACAGUCUGCUCAAUCUAGAAGAGGGUGAAGCAUUUAUAUCGAAAAGUAGCCCAAGUUCCGUUACAAAAAUUAAUCUCCUAAAAGAACGAGUUGUGCGUACAGAGGAUGGAAAUAUUUCCCUAAAAGUAUUAGAUACUCCUGGGCUAUCAGACACCAGAAAAAACAAUACAGAAACCGCCAAAGAACUGGUAAAAUGUAUGGUCGACUUAAAUCCAGGGCCACACAUAUUUAUUUUCGCCUUGAAAUUAGAUAGAAUUGGGGAGGAUAUACUGAAUAAUAUUCAGUUUCUGAAAGACACGUUUGGGAGUUGUCUUAAAACAUACGGAAUCAUAGUUUUCACUGGUAAAGACACUAUAGAUGUGGAAUUUAACAUAUGGUUAAAAUCAGCCAGUGAAGAAUUCAAACAUUUUCUUAGUCAUUAUUGCAAUGGUCGGUAUGCUUUGAUCAAUAACAGAGAAAAAGAUCAUCAAAUAAAAGAACAGCAGGUGAGAGAUAUUAUAAAACUUGUAUUAGACACCAUCCAAUUCAACAAGAAUGAUUAUUAUAGAAAUGAGAUGUACGAAGAGGCUAAAAAGGUAUACGAAGAAAAAUUAAAACGAGCAGAGGAAGAAAAAACAAAGAUUGAAAGAGAACUCAAAGAACAUUUAAAAAGUGUGGAGAAUGAAAAUGUGACGCUAAAAGAACAUCUCGAACAACAAAAACGUGCCACUGACGAUUUGCAACAGAAGAACCAACAAUUAAAACAGCUCACCACUGAACUCGAUAGAAUUAAAAAUGAGAGUGAAGAAACCCGUAAGAAAUAUGAACUGUUAACAAAAGAAAACGAUGAGUUAAAACGAAUAGGAAAUAUUUACAAUUAUGAUAAUGUAAAUGUAGCAGGCAGGUAUGGUUUCAUCGCAGGAGAGCAAUACCAGGAUGCAUCAAUAGAAACUGUUCAGAAUACACAACGGUACACCAAUUCAAAUCUAAAAAGAAAGAUAGUUGAUCGCCUGACACCCGAAGAAGUCCCCACCCGGAAGAGAAAGCAAAGCGGAAACAAGUUUUCCAAACAAUUGCGGGACCAAAAUUUGGCAAAUACUGAGUCAUCUCAACAACCCGACGACACUCAACAAACUUCUGAGAAUCAAAUAGAAAUGGCUGUGCCUCCGAAAUCAGCAGAUAUUGACACAGUUACUGAAGAUAUAACUAAUGAAAAAGUUGAUAUGGACCUUUAUAAGGUUUAUACAUCACUACAUUCUCCCUGUCGAUAUGGUACUCUAGAAAAUGUAAAACAUUUGAUUGAUAUUGGUGCAGACGUAAAUGCAACAGAAAGAAGGAAUAUGACUCCUUUAGUAUAUUGUUCUCAAUCACUUAUAGAUCCAGUAGCUAAAAUUCAAUUAUUGAUGUCUCAUAAGGCCAAUAUUUAUCAUCGAGAUGUAAACGACGAUAGCAUAUUGCAUCAUGCAUGUAAAUCGGGUAAACUGGAAACUGUCAAAUACCUCAUACAUGAAAUUGGUAUGGAUGUAAAUAGUACCAAUUUAAAACACGAAACGCCCCUUUUUUUCUGUUGUCGGUCCCAAAUAGAAGCCAAAGAGAAGAUUAAAUUAUUAGUAGAAAAUGGAGGUAAUAAAGAUACCAUGGAUAUCUAUAAUAAUAAAAUUAUACAUGUUGCAUGUAAAAAUGGAGAACUAGAAAUAGUUAAAUAUUUAAUAGAUGAAUUGAAUAUCAAUGUAAAUACUAGAGGUUUUGAAAAUCAGACCCCACUAAUGAAUUGUAUAUGGUCGAGUAUUUGUCCUCUUGAUAAGAUCAAAUUAUUAGUAGAAAAUGAAGCUAAUAUAGAUACCAUGGAUAUCAAUAAUGAUAAAAUUAUACAUGUUGCAUGUAAAAAUGGAGAACUAGAAAUAGUUAAAUAUUUAAUAGAUGAAUUGAAUAUCAAUGUAAAUACUAGAGGUUUUAAAAACCUGACCCCACUAAUGAAUUGUAUAUUGUCGAGUAUUUGUCCUCUUGAUAAGAUAAAAUUCUUGAUAUCUAGAAAAGCAGCUGUUGAUUGCGUGGACGAUACACAUAGCUCCAAUGCACUUCACCUUGCAUGUUCUUUUGGAACUGUAGAAGUGGUUGACUAUCUUAAAGAUAUUAUUGAUGUUAACAGCAAAAGCUAUCGGGAUAGGACACCCAUAUUCUAUUGUUUCGAAUCAAUAACAGAACCUGUAGCUAAAAUCAAAUCCCUUGUGUCUAGGGGAGCUGAGUUCAAUGUUGUUGAUAGUCUAAACGUAACAGCAUUUGAACAGGCUUGUUUAUGUGGUACAUAUGAAACAGUACAAUAUAUGAUACAAAUGAGUUUUGAAACAAAUACUAACGACAGGAUGUUGACAUCUUCUAGUGUAUUUUUUUGCAGUGAGUCAUCGAUAAAACCUGUUGACAAAAUCAAAUUAUUACAAUCUAUGAAUGUUAAUAUCAAAGACCGAGACAUAAAUAACGAGAGUAUAUUACACAGUGCCUGCAAACUAGGCAUUUCUGAAACCGUAGAAUACUUACUAGACUUUUUUCCGGAAUUCAACGACGAAGAAUACAAACUAUUGAUAGAAUUUUGUAAAAGGUCAAAGUUUAAUUCAGAAGAAAAGGUGCGUUUGUUGACCCAAAACUAUCAAGGAUAAAGCAAAAGACAUGUGUAGAUCAAUAUCUUUAGAACUGUCUGUUGUUAUCAUCCCGCGCCGGACGAUAUCUUUGUGCACAAAUUGCCCUAUUAUAGUAGUUGUGCCUUCUGCUGAUUAAACCUUUUUCGGAUUUAAUAUUUGUUGUGUUUCCAUGGAAACAAAUUUGAUUUAGGGUUUGGUAUACAAGUAUUAUUCCUGGUUUAAGAUAUCAUUAUGAAACUAUGUACAGUUGUCUCCUUUGCUAAUAUGAAAAUUGUUUUUCUAUAGAAAUACACUGUCUUUUCGGUAUGCAGUUAUUAUAUAUUAUUCCGAAGCAUAUCUCAGAAACCAUCCAAGAUAUCUUUAUUAACCUUUCUGAGAUUUUGUUUUUAUGCUUUGAAUAUAAUCUAUAUAGUGUGAGCAUGUAGCUAUCCAAUGUUUGAUAUUUUGAUAGUGCUAGUUUUUAAUUGAACUCCGUUUAUGUACUCUAUAACCAAGUAGCAUUUAUAUUGGGAUGCCUGAUACUAUUUUUUAUACAUCUUAUAAUAUGUAUACUAUUGGUAAUUAGUUGUUCAAUACAGAUAAUAUAAUGAUUGCGUAUCCAUGUACCUUACAAAGCACGUCCAAGUUUGCAGAUAUUGAUGAUUUAGUCAUCUUAGGUUGUUUUUUAUUGAUUCAGAAGGCGGGAUUAUUAUAAAAAGACAACACAAAUCAUCAGGUGUAGUUCAGCUCUGAACGUAGGUCUCAUUACACUCGGCCUGUACGUUCAGGAACUCUCCUAUUGAAUCCUUGUCGAAAUUCCAAUGGCUUCCCAGUCAAUUUUACUGGGCAACUUUGUACUGCUAUACAGUCGCGUGUCAGUCCCUGUGAACACAUGAACAAUAUAAAUGAACAUCUUAGUGAGAAAAUAAGGCCUUGCUUACGUCGCUAGAACCAGUAUGAACAACACAACACGCUGUUAAAAAAUACAUCUCCGUCUUCUAACCGACUUGGCGGACUUCAUUGAAAGGGUAACGCACAAAUUUACUAAUUCGGCCAUAUAAGAUGAAACGAAAUUUAGGUAAGCCUGGGGGAAAACGGGGUAAGCAAGGUCUUAUUUUCUCACUAAGAUGUCCCUUUACAUUGUACAAGCGUUCACACGGAUUGACACCCUACCGUUUAGCAGUAAAAAGUUGCCCAGUAAGAUUGACUGGGGUGGAUCUCAGUUUCGACAAGGAUUCAAUAGGAGAGUUCCUGAACGUACAGGUCGGGUGUAAUGAGACCUACGCUCAGAGGUGAAGAAACUGGGGUCGAUCGCUUGUAAACUAUAUGACAUUAACAUAAUUACCGGUUACUACAGACUGUUGUUAGAAAUGUACUAAGUUUUAAAUGAAAUG